AUGGCCUCACCCGCAACCUCCACUGGCUCGUCCAAGGUCGAUGCCGUCGUCCAAAAGGUCGCAGCAAAUACCCCCGAGAAGCUCAGCGGUGUUGCUCUCUACUCCAGAUUCGCCUUGGCUGGUGCAAUCUGCUGUUCAGUAACUCACGGUGCUCUCACACCCGUCGAUGUCGUCAAGACUAGAAUUCAACUCGACCCCGUCACAUACAAUAGAGGUCUCAUUGGUGGAUUCCGACAAGUCAUUGCCAAGGAGGGGGCUGGUGCUCUCUUGACCGGUUUUGGCCCGACUGCUGCUGGAUAUUUCCUCCAGGGCGCAUUCAAGUUUGGAGGUUAUGAACUCUUCAAGCAACAGUCCAUCAACAUCCUCGGAUAUGAGACUGCCUCCAACAACCGAACAGCCGUCUACUUGGCCUCUGCCGCCAUCGCUGAAUUUUUCGCCGAUGUUGCCCUUUGCCCUCUCGAGGCCACCCGUAUUCGUCUCGUUUCCGAGCCAACAUAUGCCAAUGGUCUCGUUGGCGGAUUCAGCAAGAUGCUGAAGAACGAGGGUGUUGGUGCUUUCUAUGCUGGUUUCGGACCUAUCCUGUUCAAGCAGGUUCCAUAUACCAUGGCUAAGUUCGUCGUCUACGAGAAGGUUGCCGAGUUCAUCUACAGCAAGGUUGACAAGAAGACCACCUCCGACGCCAUGCAGACCACCAUUAACUUGGGAUCCGGUCUCGUUGCUGGUAUGGCUGCUGCUAUUGUCUCACAACCUGCCGAUACCAUGUUGUCGAAGAUCAACAAGACCAAGGGUCUCCCAGGAGAGGGAACCACCUCCCGUUUGAUCAAGAUCGCCAAGGAGCUUGGUCUUAGAGGAUCCUAUGCCGGUAUUGGUGCGCGGUUGUUCAUGGUGGGCACUCUGACCGCGGGACAAUUUGCCAUAUACGGUGAUGUCAAGAAAGCUCUUGGUGCUACCGGUGGUGUGGAGAUCUCGAAAUCUUAA